AUGUCACCCGAAAAUCCUAUAAUUAUUGUUGGUGGUGGAUUAGCAGGUCUCUCUGCUGCGCACCAAUGCUACCUUCGUGGUGCUAAUGUGAUUCUUUUAGACAAACAAGGAUUUCUUUCUGGAAAUAGUGGUAAGGCUACGUCUGGUAUUAACGGUGCUUUAACUAGAACGCAAAUUGAUUUGAAUAUCGAAGAUCUGGUAAAGCAAUUCUAUGAGGACACUUUGAAGACUGCGAAAGAUAGAGCAAACCCGGAUUUGAUUAAGGUGUUAACUUAUAACUCUGCAGAUGCUGUACAUUGGUUGCAAGAAGUAUUUGCAUUGGACUUGUCGGUUGUUUCCAGGUUAGGAGGACACUCGCAGCCUAGAACGCACAGAGGUAAGGAUGCCAAGUUCCCGGGCAUGGCCAUUACCUAUGCUUUACUUGAAAAGUUGGAGAACUUGGCUGAUCUGGAACCUCAUAGAAUUCAAAUCUUGAAAAAAUGCCAAGUUAUCGAUCUAAUUAAGCAAGAUGAUUUUAACAUAUUAGGAGUAAAGUACAAAAAUUUGGUGGACAAGACAAAACAUGAAUUGAAUGGUCCAGUUAUCAUGGCCACUGGUGGUUAUGCAGCUGAUUUUACUAAGAACUCUCUCUUGAGGAAGUAUAGGCCAGACAUUAUUGAUCUUCCUUCAACAAAUGGGAAUCAUGCCACUGGUGAUGGACAAAAGAUUAUAAUGAAAAAUAGUGGUGUUGGUAUCGAUUUGGAUAAGGUGCAAGUACACCCAACCGGACUCAUCAAUCUUGACGAUAGUGAUGUCAUUCUGGGCAAGCUGUCUCCCAGAUUCUUGUUCUUAGGUGCUGAAGCAUUAAGAGGUGAAGGUGGUAUAAUGCUCAACAAAAAGGGAGAAAGAUUCUGUGAUGAAUUGGGUACUAGAGACUAUGUCAGUGGAAAAAUGGAAGAACAGCUUAAACAAGGCAAUGGCCCUAUUCGUUUGAUCUUGAAUUCUAAGGCAGAAUCUAAACUAGACUUCCAUAUCAAGCAUUACAGUCAGAGAAAUUUAAUGAAAAAGAUUACGGGAGAUGAACUAGUUAAGGAAUUUGGUGAGAAUGGUAAAGACAUUGUUACAAAGACUCUCGAUUCGUACAAUAAGGCAGCUGCUGAUUCUGAGAUUUCUGAUGCCUACGGUAAGCAAUUUUUCCCAGCUACACCUUUUGAACUUAAAGCCAAUGAUAAUUAUUACAUGUCGUUCAUCACUAGAGUGCUUCAUUUUACCAUGGGUGGGAUCAAAAUUAAUGAUAAGUCAGAGGUUUUGUACCAAGUGAGUGACAAGAACGAGUUCAAAUCAUUUGAGGGCUUGUAUGCUUGUGGAGAAGUUGCCGGUGGUGUUCAUGGACACAACAGACUAGGAGGAUCUUCCCUUCUUGCCUGUGUGGUUUAUGGAAGAGUGGCUGCUGACUCAGCGACCAAGCAUGUUCUAGAGAAGUUGUCCCAAAAUUCCAAUGCAAUCAAUAGACUCAAGCAGAUAAGCGUUCAUAUUGAAGGAAACGAUAGGGUAGUGAUUCAAUUGGGUGGGGAAAAGAGUUCGUCUUCAAAUGACCAGUCGCAAUCUACUUCCCCUCCUCCUUCGUCUACGGAACCACCAAAGAAGAAUUCGAACCCAUAUCAACAAUUUGAAAUUCCGGCUAAGGAAUUCACUGCUGAGGAAGUUGCUAAGCACAACUCACCUACUGAUUGUUGGUGCAUUGUUAAGAAUGUCGUUCUUGAUCUCACUUCAUUUUUAAAGGACCAUCCAGGUGGAGAAUCAUCUAUUCUUAACUUUGCUGGUAAAGAUGCUACUGAGAGUUUCGAUAUGCUACACGAGGACAAUGUCAUUGUUAGAUAUGCAAAAGAGUGUGUUUUAGGUAGAUUGAAAGGUAAGACUCCAGGUUUGCAGUUAUAA